AUGCAGCCGCCGACAAAACCGAAGCAAGCCAACCCACAGCAACCUCCCUCGCCCCCGAUUUCGCCAUGGACCAAGGCGGACAACCACGUCAACGCCACAUCGAGCGCUUCGGGUGUCAGAGACCCCAUACUCUACCCUGAGGCACCCGCAAGUCCUUCUUCGCCCCUCUUCGACGAACGAAAACUCAGUCCCGCUGAAGUGCACAACGCCGUGUUUGAGCACAUCGCCGCAAGGAGAGCCGCGUCCCUCCCUCACCAUGUUGCGCCUCCGAAACCGCAGGACUACGAGGACUUUCUGUGUUUCACGGAGAACGUGUUUCCGCUAUACCAGCGAAACCCUCGUGCCUGGCUGAGAAGAAACCGCGAGCAAUUGCGUGAAGAUGCUAGAGCUCGUGCCCGCCGUGGUUCUGGAUAUGCGAAACAGGCACACCCAAUCACCGUCAAGCCUCUGAUGGCGCGUCCUUCAAAUACUAUCAUUGCGAAGACGACCGCCCCCAAGCAUACGUCUCCCCAGAGAAACACCUCCAAGGUCACCAAGCCAUCGGCAGGACCCAGACCAGUUCGCGCCCAGACAGUCAAAGCAGCCCGACGUAUUAGUUCCACGCCUGAGCCCCGCAGCCGUCUGGUUCCUCCCAACCGCGAGGACAAGGAUUUCAAUUCCAUCCCAGACUUCUGCCCGCCCCUCAGUUCUCUGCCCGACAAGUCAAACCUCAUGAGAGUCGAUUGGAAGGGCGCUCCCUUGGACCUGAGCAAGGACCCGCACAAGCAUCUCCUUCAUCCAGAUGAGCUUCAGCUGGCGGCCGGCCUAAGGUUGGAUUGUGCAACCUACCUCACCAGCAAGCGCCGCAUCUUCGAGGCCCGUCUGGACUACUACCACAAGGGCAAGGAGUUUCGCAAGACCCAUGCCCAGCAGGCCUGCAAGAUUGACGUCAACAAGGCCUCCAAAUUGCACACAGCAUACGAGAGAGCUGGCUGGCUUGACAAGAGGUGGAUGCAGGACCUGCCUGUUCCUACUCCCCGCUAA